CAAGCAACAAUAAUAGUAAUUCACUUUCAUCACUACAAUUUAUUCUACCGUACUACGUGAUCUAUCCAUCUAGCUCAACUCAACAGUGGUUAUUCACAUCAAACAUCAUGCCUUCUGUUUUAUUGGUCGGUGCAACUGGAAUGCUCGGAGCAUCACUCUCCCGGCAGCUGAAAGAAAAAUAUCCUAACUGGCCACUUACUGUAUAUUUCCGAAAUGUACAGGCUGAUUAUUGGUUUCGCAAUGUCGUUGGUGUGGACACAAUCGAACAUGGAGCAUUCGAGGAUACGGCCAAAGUCCGAGCUUUAGCGGCAGAACAUGACAUUGUGAUCAACACCGGGUCUUCUUUUGACCCCACUCUAUCUCAAGCAAUUGUUGAAGGAUUGAAACAAAGGAGAGGUUCCCAAAAGGGAACUCUGAUUCAUGUUAGCGGUGGAGGUAACUUUAUCGACCUUCGAAAGGAUGGGAAGUAUAGCCCUGAUAGUAAAGUGUGGAAUGAUGCCAAUGAGGAUGACAUCAAACUAAUCAACAGCAGCAUGCUUAAUGGAGCGGCAGAUCGCCUAAUUCUAGAUGCUGGAAAUGAAGGCAAUAUCAAUACAUUCAUCGUUUGCCAGGCAUUGACCUAUGGAGUCGCAGAAGGACCACUACCAUCUCUUGGUAUCGGAUACAAAAUUUUAACAGGAAAUGCCAAAUCAAUUGGAUUUGUUCCUUAUGUUGGUGAUGGCAGCGCACUUCUUAGUGUAAUCCAUGUUAACGAUGCAUUGAACUUCAUAUUGAAAAUUGUUGAUCUGGCUGUAAGCGAGGUAGUUACUGGCCCUGCGGAAAGUCGGUAUUACAAUAUCUACGGGGAACGAGUUGCCUGGAAAGAUGUUGCCACUGUGUUGGCUAGAACUUUGCAUAAAAAGGGGCUCUUCUCUUCCUCGGAGGCCCGAAGUGUACCAAUUGAACAGGCAGGCGAAGGCGAGAUUCCAAAGCUUUUAGGGUCUAACAUGUUGAUGCAAGGUGAUAGAGCAGCAUCACUAGGGUUCAAAGUGACUGCUAGAUCUAUUUUGGAGCACAUCCCAGAGGACUUGGAAGCAUACUCUUUCUAAUAAGACCGCUUGGGUUUGAUAAUUUCAAUAUCAACAGCAAUGCUAGCAAAAUAGCGCAUUAUAUUAGAGAGUUCUGCAGGGCGGCCAACGCCAUCGUUGCAUACAUGUAAUACUAAUCCACAUUGUUAUCUCUUUUCUUCUUAUGCAUUAGUCUAGCAAGCAGCAGCA